AUGAGGCUGGUGUCAAAGAUGAACGACUACAGUAUUCAGGGACUUCCACGCCUGGCCGACUCCGACGGCGGCUGGGACUGCCUACGGGCGGGCGACGCCUGCUCCGGCGAUGACACCUGCAGCCCGCGACUGCGCACCCUGCGGCAGUGUGUGGCGGGCGACGGCAGCGUCAAGUUGGGGCCCGGAGCUCGCAACCAGUGUGAGAACGCCAUGACGGCGCUGCUAUCCACACCGCUGCACGGCUGCCAGUGCAAGCGAGGUAUGAAGAAGGAGAAAAACUGCCUGAGCAUCUACUGGAGUCUGCAUCAGUCGGUCCUGCACGGUCUCCACCUGGUAGAGGACUUCCCGUACGAGCCUGAGGAGAGAGGGUCCGGCUACGUCCGCCUGGCCUCCAUCGCUGCAGAGUCAGAAGUGACCGCCGUCAACCGCUGCCUGGACGCCGCGAAGGCGUGCAACAUAGACGAGACAUGUCAGAAGCUGCGCACGGAGUACGUGUCGUCCUGCAUCCAGCCCUCCGCCCGCUCCGGGCCCUGCAACCGGCCCAAGUGCAGCAAGGCGCUCAGGAAGUUCUUCGACCGCGUGCCGGCAGACUACACCCACGAGUUGCUCUUCUGCCCGUGCACCGACACGGCGUGUGCCGAGCGCCGCCGCCAGACCAUCGUGCCGACGUGCUCCUACGAGGACAAGGACAAGCCCAGCUGCCUGGCCCAGCUGAGGGUCUGCAAGGCCGACUACGUGUGCAGGUCUCGCUGGGCCCAGUUCCAGUACGACUGCCAGCCCUGGGAACAGAGCGCCAGCGGCUGCAAGCAGGAGGACCACGGCGCGUGUCUGCUGGCCUACACCGGCCUGAUCG